AUGGAGAAUAUAUGGGGUAAACCCAAUACUUCAAAUAACAAUAAUAGUACCGCCAAUACAGGUUCUAUUUUUGGAGUGGGUACUACCAACCCUGUAUUUGGAACUCCUACAUUUGAUAACUCAAAUACAACAACACCAUCAACAACAACAACAACAACAACAACAACAACAACAACAGACAAUCUUGGUAGUAAUACAAUUAGUUUUGGAAAUAGUUCACCAUUUUCAAUAACUUCGACAUUAAAUCCAAAUGCAUCAUCAUUCACUCCAUCAUUUAAUAAUGUUGGUAACAAUUUAAACAAUAAUAAUACCACCACUACUACUACUAAUAAUAAUAAUCAAAAUAUUAAUAAUAAAAUUCAAGGAAAUAAUAAAACCAAUAUUUUAUUUGUUAGUAAUGUACCAGCAUCAAAUAUUGCUAAUGAUAUAGUAUUAAUCAAUGAAAUGAAAAGACAUUUUGGGCAAUAUGGUACAGUUUUAUCGGUUGAUAACAUUAAAAAGAAACCGAAUAAUACUUUUAAUUUAUCUUUAACAUAUUCCAAUAGUAGUGAAGCAUCAGAAGCAUUAAAGAAAGGAAAGAAAUAUCAACAUACAAUACUUAUAAUUAAACCACAUAAAACUUUUCCAACUUCAACUACAUCAUCAUCAAUGCCAUCUUUUAGUACUACUUCACAAAUAUCAAAUACUAAUAAUAGUAAUAAUAAUAAUAAUAAUAGUAAUAAUAAUAACUUUAACAACAAUAACAACAAAAAUGAUAGUAGUGAUAUUUCUUUAAUUUUAAAGAAAGAUGAUGAGUUAAUGUUAAGAUCACAUGAAAGAAAUUUAAGAUUUCAAUUAAUGAAAAAUGCGCCACAACAACAACCACAACAACAACCACAAGUACAACCACAAAAACAAAAACAACAAUCAACACUUUUAAAGAAUGAAGAAGAUAAUUUAGAUGAUGAAGAUGAAAUUGAAGAAGAUGAUAUUAAUGAUGAUGAUGAAGAAGAGGAUGAAGAAGAUGAGGAUGAAGAUGAUAAUAUUAAUCAAUCACCACCACUUAAGGCUACACAAUCAAAUACAAAUCCUACAUUAGCCCAACAAGUACCAACAACAACAACAACAACAACAACAACAUUAGCAUUAAAAAAUAAUAAUGGACAUAAAAUUGGAUUAUGUUUAGAUUUUAUACCAUCAAAAGAGAAACAACAUAGAACAUCAUCAGGUGAUAUUAAUAUAUUAGAGAAAACCCCAACCACUGGUGAGUUAAUCCUAUUGAAAAAGUAUAAGAGAAAUGUAGCAGAUGAUAAUACAGAGAUUCCACCCGAUGAAAUUAGACCAGUACAUGUGUUAUUAAAGGUAAUGAAUUAUAUCACUCAUGAGAUCUCUGAUCAAGAAUCACUUCAAAGACCUGGUGUAACAUUUUCAGAGAUUCAAAAUUUCAUUCGUGAUAGAACUAGAUCCAUUAGACAAGAUUUAACAUCUCAACAUUCAAAAGAUGGUAUUUCAAUCGAUAUCCAUGAGAGAUGUACUCGUUUUCACAUUGUUUCACAUCAUUAUCUUUGUGAACUACCCGAUAAGGAUUUCAAUGCAUUUCAAAAUCGUGAACAGUUGAAUAAUUGUUUAACCUCUUUAAAACAAUUCUACAAUGAUCAUUUCAAACAAUCCAAUGGUCUAGUGACAACCAACGAACCAGAAUUCCGAUCCUAUUACAUUUUAAAUAAUUUAGAGAAUAACUAUGAUUUGGUAUCCUAUAUGAUCGAUAUACCUCGUUCAAUCUUUCAUCAUCCAUUCAUUCAAUAUGCAAUCGAAGUUUGGAAAGCUUAUCGUUCCGACAACUAUAGUAGAUUCUUUAUGUUAACUCUAUCGGGUACUUAUUUACAAAUGUGUAUACUUCAUCGUUAUUUCACUCAUGUUAGAAAGAUUGCAAUCAAAAGAAUCGCUAGAUCCUAUAGAGCUCCGAAACAACCAACUACUCUUUUCCCAAUUCAAGAUUUUAAUAAUAUCUUAAUGUUUUCUGAUUCAAAUGAAACUAAUCAUUUCAUUUCUACAAUCAAUGGUAUUACAAUUGAUUCAAAUAAUAAUAAUAAUAAUAAUAAUAAUAAUGGUGGUGGUGGUGGAGGUGAUCAAAUUAUUUUCAAUCAUUCUUUUAAUUUUAAUCAAAUUAAUGAUAUUUCAAUCACUCCUUAUCGUUCUUCCAUUGUAAUGUCACGUGCACCUAAAACUUUUCAACAAACUAUUGAUGUACCAGAACCUGUACCAAUCGUUCAAUAUCGAAAAUGUUUCAUUGAUUUUGAUCAAUCUUUUCAAAAUCCUUUAAUAUAUAAUAAACAAAAUCUAGAUGCUGAAUCUGAACAAUCUGAAUAUAACUAUUCAAUAGCUGCUUCUGGUCCAAUGAGAAGUUUAGUAACUAAAAAUGCAAUUGCUACUUUUGGUUUAAGUAAUAAAAUAACUCCAGUCCUACCUUCAACAAUAACAACAGCAACGACAACAACAUCACCACCACCAAUAACAACAUCAACCAUACCAAUUAAAUUACCAACUAUUUCACCAACUUUUGUUAAACAAAUACCUCAAACUUCACCAAAAAUAAAUAAUACCAACAAUAUCAGUACGAUUGGGUCUCCAUCUAUUUUUAAUAAACAACAACAACAACAACAAACACCACUACCAACAACAGCAGCAGCAACAACAAAAGAAAUGACAAUAAGUCAAAGUCCAACCAUAACAUCACCAUCUACUCCUUCUACCUCUUCAUUAUUUAAUAAUAAAACAGGUUUUGGAAUUAACAACGUAGUUAAUUCAAAAUCGAUAUUUCAAACUCAAUUAGCACCAACAACAACAAUAACAACAACAACAACAUCAAUACCAACCAUACCAACUCCUUCUACAUUAAAAACAACAACCAUUGAAAACAAAUCAUCGAUAACAUGUGUUUUUCCAACCUCUUUUCCUGAUAAGAGUAUCUUUGGUGCAACUUCUAAUAAUAAACAAACACUUCCAACUUCUUCUUCUUCUUCAGUCUUUGCAACCACAACACCACCUUCAUCUAUAUUCUCCAAUACUCCUUCUUCUUCUUCUCAACAAAAAUCAUUCAACACUAACAUUAUCUCACCAUCUCAAUCAACACCACCAUUGGGUGGCAAUGAUUCACUUAAAAUCACUACACCUCCAAAUAAAACCAUUGAAACCACGCCCAAUAUAACACAAUCAUCAAAUUUAUUAAAUAGUGGUAGCAGUAAUUUAUCCUCAAAUUCAUUAUUUUCACCAACUAUUUCUAAUACAACACCAAAAACACCAACAAUCUUUAAUAAUGAAAGUAAUAAUAACAAUAACAAAAAAAACAUCUUUGGUGAUACAAAAAUAGUCACACCAAAACAUUCAUCAUUACCACAAGAUUUAUUUGGUUCACCAAUUGUAAAAGAGAUACCAUCAACACCAAUGAGCAUUUUACCAGGUAGUAAAAGUACAUCUCUUAUAGACUCUUCAACAAUAACAACAACUGAAAGGGAUAAAAAAAGAAGAAAUAGAAAUGAUCAACAAGAAGAUAAUGUCAACUUAAAUACACCAAUACCAAUAUCAACUGUUAAACCACAAUUCACUGAUUUCCCAUCAUCUCCAAUGAAUUUAUCAACACCAUAUGUUAAUAAACAAUCUAAUUUCAGUCUUAAUCAACAUCAACAGCAACAGAAACAACAACAACAACAAAUUCCCUUCCCUUCAAAUCUAAUUGAGCUCGAAAAAUCUACAUCCAAAGUUCAAUCACUACCACAACAACCACAAAUACUACAAACAAAACCACCUCAAUCAUCAAUGCCUAUUGUUAAAAAACAAACAAAAUCCUAUUCAGAGAAAUCGAAUAAAACAUUACUUUCCUAUAUGUUUAGAUGUUGGAGAUUUCAAUUAUUACGUUUUAAAAAUCAACAAAAACAAAUUCAAGAAAUUGGUGAUGAAAUUCCACUAGAUUUAGAUAAUGAAAAUACUUUAGACCCUAUUAUAUUAUCACAAUCUUUAAUAACACCUAAAAAACUAUCACCAUCAAUUCAGCCUCAAUCAAUUUCAAAACAACAACAACUACAACCACAAUUACAACAACAACAACAACAACAACAACCACUACUACUACAACAACAACCAAUUAAAAUUGAUUUAUCACCAAUAAAUAUUCCAUUUUAUAUAUACGAUAAUCUAGAUAAAAUUAAUAGACAAAAUCAAAAAGGCAAACCCCUAUUUUGGAAACUUUUAUAUUGUUGUCCAGAUCCUCAAUUUAAUAAUAAUAAUAUUAAUGAUAGUGAAAAUAACAUUAAACAAAUUAUUGAAAUUAUUUCAAAUAAAUUAUCAUACGAGAGAAAUAAAUUACAACAACAACAACAAAACUAUAUUACAACAUUAUGUCAAAUUCAAAAAUAUCAUAUAGAAUACAAAGAUCAAAAUUCACAAAUGAAAAGUAAAACUGCUGAUAGGUCAAUAGGUAUUUGCGUAAAUAGAGUUUUCAAUACCAAUACUAAUAAUAGUAAUAAUAAUAAUAAUAAUAUGGAAUUACAACAUAUUCAAAUGACUAGAGGUCUCUCUUCGAUAUUAUUUCAAAUAUCAACAAGUAUUGGAUUCGAUUCUAAUUGUAAAUUACAAUUGUCUAGAAUUUUAAAUUCAAUUCAAAUUGAAGAUCCUAUUCAACGUAUACCAAUAUUAUUUUUAAUUAUAAAUGAUAAUGGGGAUAAUAAUAAUAAUAAUAAUAAUGAUAAAAUUGAAAGAUCAAUUGAAGAAUAUAUUAUCAAUAAUCAAAGAAUUUGGGGUGAAAUUAUAAAUCAAAUUAAAGUAAUCAAAGUAGAUAGAAUUGAUUCAAUAGUCUAUAAUAGUUUUAAUGGUGAUUCUGAUAAUAUAUUGGUUAAAUCUUUACAAUGGUUAAGUAGUAAUACCCCUCCAAUUCCAUUCACAGAGAUAAGACCUUUAUCCUCGGUAUUUGAUUCAGUAAUUGUCAAUAAAUUUUCAAGUAGUAUCUUUAGCCAUUAUUCAAAACAAUUCCAAAAUCCAAUAAUAUAUAAUCAGCAGCAGCAGCAGCAACAACAACAACAACUCCCAACACCACAAACUAUUGUUAGUUAUUUCAAUUUUGUAAUUAAUCAAUUGAUUUCUUUUAUAACAAAUCCUGCUUUGAAAUCUAUUCAAUGGCCAAUACCAGAAUUUAGUGGAAGUUUUAAUACUUCUUAUUGGAAUAGUGAUCAAGUGUUCAACUCUAUAAAAAUAUCACUAAAUUCAAUUCUCUUAAAUAAUUUACCAAAUGAAUUAAAAGAUUUAGUUGGUGCAAUAUCUAAAAUUGCUGAUGACACAACAAAUAAUUUAACAUCAUCAUCACAACAAAAUCAAACACUCUAUCAAGCAAUUGAACCAAUAAUUAAACAAUGCAAUAAUUGGAUAUCAUCUCAUCAAAAAGAUAAAAUCGAAUCAAUUAAUAUUGAUAACCAAGUUAGAGAAAUUUUUAAUGAUCAAUUUAUUGAAAAAUUUGAGAAAUUCAAUAAAAUUAAUAAUGGAUAUUUUAUAGUAAUACCAUGGCAUUUAAUAUUUGAAACAAUAUUUUCUUAUCAAAUUAGUAAGAUUCCAUUCAUUCAGUCAUUUUAUAGCGAUUCAAUGAUUAAUGACCUUUUAGAUUUUAAUAGUUUUAUUGGAAAUUAUAAUAAUAAUAAUAACUACAAUAUUAAUAGCCAAUAUCAAAAUCAAAAGAUUAUAUCAUUACCAAUAAAGAGUCUUAAUAAUAGUAUUUUAAUUUCACCAUCAAAGAAAAGACAGACCAAUUUUAAUAAUAAUUUAUCCUCUCCUUCAAAGUAUCAUAGAGUUCAUUUUGAUGAAAUGAAAAUUAAUGAUCUUGAUACUAUUACCACCACCUCCACCGCCACUACCUCAUCCAACCCAAUGAAAAGAAAACAAAAUAUUAUAAAUAAUAAUGUAGGCAUCAACAAUAAUCAAAUGUCGGCAUCAUUAUCAUCAACUCGUAAUAAUAAUAAUAUACUAAAUAGCCAAAUCCAAUUAAGUAAAAGUUUAAAUUCCAAAAAUCAAAGUACCUCUAGAACUUUGGAUCAAUUAUUGUUAAGUUUACAAAAUGAAAAGAAAAAGACAAAAGCUAUAAAUAGAUCUCUUAUUUCCACUAUAAAUACCUACAACAACAGAGAUAAUAAUAGUAAUUUUAAUUAUGAUGAUCAAUUAAUUAACUCAACUUCAAACUCUAAAGAUAUGAUUUCAAGUACAAUUACAUUUAAAAACCAUAAAUUGACUGGUAGUGUUUUGGAUGUAUCCGAAAAACUAUUGUUUUUGAUAAACAAUAGUAAUAAUUAA